AUGACGUCCCAGGCCGCUACACCGUCGACAUCGUCAACAUCUCUGAGAGCCAAGAAGCCCUCCGAGUUUCUCAUAUCCACAAGUUCAGAUCUUUCUCGAUGCUCUGGACCCGCGUUACAAGCACCUAGGUGGCACUCUUCGUACUUUGCCGCAGCGCUUGAUCCGGACAGCGACAUUGGCAGCAAGAACGGAGAGCUAAGACUAAAUGAGGACCACGCCGUCUUCGGGGCAUUUUUAUGCUGGAUCUGGACAGGAAGAUUGAAGGAUAUACCAGAGAGCCUUGAAGAUGCAUCAGCGCCCGACUUCUAUCUUUCAUCCAUGCUUCUAUGCAAGAUAUGGGUCUUCGGCGACAUGCGCGGAGUGCCUGGUCUUUGCAACGCCGCCAUCGACAUGUUGCAUGAGAGAAUUACAGCGAAGUGGAGCAUAACAAUACCAGUGAUUUCAUGGAUAUACGAGAACACCAGGCCCGGUGCUGCCUUGCGGGGAUUCAUGGUCGACACUUGUAUGCUCCUCAAAGGCCCCUCAUUCUGGCAACAACUGGGUGACGAGUCAAAGGCGAUCCCUGUUCAGUUCGUACUAGAUGCUCUCCCAGCCCUAAUAUCCAGAGGUCAGACUGCUGAGCCGAUCAAGAGGGCAGCAUGGACCGUACUGGAUCGAUGUCAAUGGCACGACCACUCUGGUCCUGGUGGCAAGCUACGAAUGGAAUCGCGAGAGUAA